UAAGCGCCACGAUCGCGGUGGAACCCUCACUCGCACCCCAGUACUCGGUAGUGAGCCGAGGGUGAGAUUCCUUCCUGAGCGAAGGACUAGCGGGAGCUGCGGCACAGACUUUGCGUUUUGUCUCUACCGGAUUUUCGUGAGCGCAAACUGUGAGCCGAGCGGGCGCAGAUCGAGGCAUGAGGGCUUGGUUGCUAUGGUUGUCCCUUCUGUUGGUCGUCCUGGCCGAUAGGAGCUUCGCCAAUCCCGUCGAUGACGGUGAAGAUGUAGACUAUCUUCAAGGUGACGACCUCUCGGAAUAUCCCUCAGACAACGCUUUGGAGAAUCUGUUGCGAGUGGCACAAAAACGUACCUCGUCGAUAAACUUGUUUAGACGGGCCUGCAUAAGGCGCGGCGGAGAUUGUUACCACCGGCGAAAGGACUGCUGCUACAGCUCUAGCUGCCGCUGCAAUCUCUGGGGUUCUAAUUGCCAGUGUCAACGGAUGGGUCUCUUUCAGAAAUGGGGCUAAAUAUCUCCAUGCCCACCUCCCCUCCCUCCCUCUCUCCCUCCUUUCCCUCGCCCUGAAUCUUCCUACACUCGUGCGUUUCUAGUUUCUUCUUUUUUUUUUCUUUCGACUAAUUCUCUGCCUCUAAUCCUGACGACGGUGUCCCCUCUAGACGACGGUGUCUCCGAUAGUAUCCACCUCGAGCACAUUCAGACGUUCCUCCCGUAAUUUAACCUACUCGAUGUAUCUGUCCCGUGGGAACGGUUUCAACUUCAUCAAGUCUUGUGAUUCGCAUUCUCGAUUAAAACGAAGGCCUCGACGAUAUACGCUUUGACAUUUUUGUUUUCUUUUUCGUGCGUUUCUCAGAUCCUUUCAGUAGAAAGAGACACAAGUGAUUUUUUUAAGCUUGUGAUAUCGUGAUUGGCAAUAGCUUGCAAAAUGUUACGCUCGAAAACGAUUGACACUCUUCUACAUUAUCCGUAGGUCUGGUCUCUCAAUAUAGUUUUUCAUGACCUAUCGCGAUGUUCGAUGCUCGGGAUCAACCGCGCCGAUUAAUCGAUAUGCUUAACGAUCCCCCGUCUCUUUCUAGAUCGUAGCUCUGAUUGAGAUAUGUAGGUAAUGCGAAAAGUACUGUUAAUUCGCAAUGGUUUAACUCUUUAGUGCAAUCGAUCCUUAUCAAAAAUUACACCGCGCGCUUAUUUGCACGUCAGAAAUUUUUAUUAAUUGCGACGUUGUUCUUUAUCUGAUAUAUAUCAUAUUUAUUUGUGUGUAUCUUAAAUAUAUUAUUUUUCUUUAUUUCCUCAAUAUUCCUCUCUCUAAAUCCCUCCUUGGAUUUUCCGCCGUUUCUCCUUCAUCAAUGGAGGUCGUCGUCGAAUUGGAGUCAGAAAUGCACACUAUGGCGCGAAUGCACACUGCGUUCAAAGGACCUUGACUCGCGCUAAUCGAUCGUUCCUUCAGCUGCAGCUCAUCGAAUCUUCCGGAUAAAAUGCGCGAGGAAUAAAUAUAUAUUGUAACUAUUGUUUCCUAUUGUUUUGUUUCGCUGCUAGCAAAAAUAAGUUCUAAAUAGUGCUCAAUAAAAUUGCAAAGUAUAUCUGCAGAAUGUAAUAAUACGUAUACUGUCCUCUCUAAAAUACAAAUUUCUUUAUCUAAUAUUCUCGAGUAAGUUCUGGCUCCUACUUAAAGUAUAUGUAAAUGAAAAUAAAGUGGAAAACUGUGUUUAUUUCUAGAUGGCAAUCCUUCUUGAAAAAUUUCUUGAAAAUUUUCUAAGAAGGAUUGUCACGCACAUCACAAAAUACACAUAAUUUUCUAAAUUCGCAUCUAAACUUAAAAUUUUUUUUUACAUCUAAACUUGAAACUUUUAAUUUGAUUACAAAAAGUUAUACGUGGAAAUUAGUACGUUUAUAUUUACAAAUAUUUCAAAUAUAAUUUGUUUCGAUUCUCGCGCAUCGCGUUACUCGAAUCCUUUCGACGACCCUUUCGAAUCUUCAAAAAUUAAAUUACAAAAAUCUAUAGUUUGAUUCCCGUUAUCAAUUAAAAAAAAAAAAAAAAAAAAAAUAUCAAUGAAUUUAUUAUAAAAAUAUGACUUUCUCGAGUCAGACACAAUUCUCGUGUUUUCCGGACUUCACAAUCCUCCUGGACAGGACAAAAAAUUGGAAAACAUUAGCGAAAAGAUACGCGAUAAAUUGUGAGGAUCACUGCCCUCUGAUUGGAGAUAACUUUCCGGCCACUUUCGCCAAUCAGAUCGUCAGUUUUCCUUCUUGUUAGUCAUUUGUCGAGGACGAUUGAGAGUAAUCGAUAGGAUAAUUAAAAUUGGUGUAACGACAAUUUCUUCCAAUCGAUGUACGGAUAUGAUGAACAAGAGGACAUGGAACUAUUGUAUAAUAGUGAACAGAGAUCGAUAAUUAAUAUAUAUGUAUAUGUCUAAAACGGCGGCAAUUUAUCUAAAACUGUACCUUGAUGAUAUGUAUAGGUACAGAUGAUCCGCAAUUACAUUUUUCUCCAUACCGCAUUUUAAACUUUAAACGUAUUACCUACAUGUAUGAUUAUAAAGGAAAUACUACAAUAAUAGAUGUUUAUGCAUUGUAUUUGAAGGUGGAUGUACACGUACCGAUAUAUCAUGAAAAUAUAAUCUAUAUUAUAUAUGUACACGCGAAA